UCCAAUGUCGGACUACUCACUUCGUCAUUAAGUAACAUAGAAACACCAAUAUCCAGUCAUCAAUAGUUUAAGUUAAAUGUCAAAAUAGUGUUCGAAUACGCAAUCGGUUUUCUCGCGGCGCCAUUUUGAAAAAGCACACGCACAAAAUGGCGGAAAACUUCACGGACUUCGACAUCGGGCCAGUGGCGCACCCUUUGAAGAUGGUGUCCAAAGAGGUGGUGGAACACAUGCUCGGCUGGAACAUUCCAGAAGAGCAUCAGGACCUGGUCCACGAGCACUGGCGCAACUUCCCAGCGGUCAGCAAGUACUGGCACUACUGCCUGGCUCUCAUCUACACCAUGUUGAUGGUCACCUCGCUCACUGGGAAUGGCAUUGUCAUCUGGAUCUUUGGCACAUCUAAAUCCCUUCGGAGUGCAAGCAACAUGUUCGUCAUCAACCUAGCCAUCUUCGACCUCAUGAUGAUGCUGGAGAUGCCUCUGCUCAUCAUGAACUCCUUCCACCAACGGCUGGUGGGUUACCAGCUCGGUUGUGACAUCUAUGCUGUGUUGGGAUCUUUGUCUGGCAUCGGUGGGGCCAUCACUAAUGCUGUCAUCGCUUUUGACAGAUACAAGACCAUCUCCUGCCCACUGGACGGAAGAAUAAACAAAGUGCAAGCUGCUCUGCUUAUUGCAUUUACUUGGUUCUGGGCCCUGCCUUUCACAAUCCUCCCAGCUGCCAAGAUCUGGGGACGAUUCGUGCCAGAGGGUUUCCUGACCACGUGCUCGUUUGACUACUUCACCGAUGACCAGGAUACGAAGGUGUUCGUAGCCUGCAUCUUCGUCUGGAGCUACUGCAUCCCGAUGGCGCUCAUCUGCUACUUCUACUCCCAGCUGUUCGGUGCCGUCCGCCUCCACGAGCGCAUGCUGCAAGAGCAAGCCAAGAAGAUGAACGUCAAGUCCCUCGCCUCCAACAAGGAGGAUGCCGGUCGAAGCGUGGAGAUCCGCAUCGCCAAAGUGGCGUUUACCAUCUUCUUCCUUUUCGUGUGUGCGUGGACGCCAUACGCUUUCGUUACGAUGACCGGUGCCUUUGGUGACAGGGGUCUGUUAACGCCCGUGGCUACGAUGAUCCCCGCUGUAUGCUGCAAGGUGGUCUCAUGCAUAGACCCAUGGGUGUACGCUAUUAACCAUCCCAGAUACAGGGCAGAGCUCCAGAAGCGUCUCCCCUGGAUGGGAGUCCGCGAACAGGAUCCUGACUCCGUAUCCACAUCCACCAGCGUAGCCACCGCCCAGUCCCAGCCAGCCCCAGCGGAGGCCUAGAGGACAUAUUGAUAAACAACUGACUGGCUGAGCAAAGCUGGCGUAUCGACACUAAACAAAUGACUGGAGACAGAGCUGGUGCGAUUGAAGUUGUAAAAUUGUGUCACAUUGCAGGAAAUAUUGGGUUGCUUUUUAAAUGCGCUUAUUUGUGAAUUAAGUUGUAUUGAAUUUGAUGACGUUUAUAAAUGAAUGCGCUUGUUGCUGAAUUAAGUUCUAUUGAAUCUAAUGACGUUUUUAUAAGAAUAAUGCGCAUGAGUGCGCGGUAAACAUUCUUGCGAAAAAACAGCUUUAUAACCCAGCAAAGCUAGGUGCUAGCUUAGGUCUAUGCUUAGUAACUUUAAUAAUUAAUUAUGCUUAUUUAUUUUUACCUUGCUAAUAAGUAUUUAUGUAUUUUAAAGCAGUUUCUUUGCAGAAAACCUUUAUUAACCCCGCAAUGUGAUGUUCUCUGAUCAAACAUCCGUCCAUAGGCUAAGUAACGAAGUACUCUAUCUUAUCAUUAAGGGUACUUAAAUUAAUUGACAAUUUCAAUUACACCAGCUUUGCAUCGACUACGAAUAACUGACGACUAUUUGCGCAAGUAAAACGGUAUCUGAAUCUUCCAGUUUAUUUUUUUGACGAAGCAAUGUAAUAAAAACAAAAAAAAAGAUAACCGAUCGAUCCUGACGACUAACGGCUAUAUUUUUAU